AUGACGAAGUUCAGCUAUUCCACCAGAGUCUUGACUCGCUUUGUGCGACUGCCUAUCCCAGGGAGCGAGCAAAUCAAUGUGCUGAAUGCUCGAUACGCCGACUUUGAAAAUCAGGGUGGGCAGAUGCUGCGCAUUCCUUUUUUGAAGGAUAACAAUCGCUGGCAAGAUCGCCCUGAGAUGGAAAGCAAGAAAGCAAAGGCUGCGGACAAGGCGGCAGCCAAGGCCAAGGCCCUGCCGGCGCCUGGUGAGACAUCGCCAGGUGGGACCCAAAAAGUUGCUGCGGACUACCUUGGAAAGGGCGCCUUCGCCUAUGGCGGUGACCAGGACAUGCUUGGUUUCGAAGAAGAGCUCUUGAAAGCAG